CACGUGAAGUACUAGCAUGUUACUUUUUCUCUCUCUCAUCAAUCACAUAUGGUCCAACCGAUAAAACAUUGUUUGUGUACGAAAGCAUCAAGUGUUCCUUCAUAAGUUCAUACCUUAUGUUUCUUCUUCUUCACUUUGUGCGAUUACAGCACCACCACCACCACUAACAGAUCUACAGUUUAUUAAAGCUUUUGUACCAGACAAGAGACUUAUAUCUAAAAAUAGCAUACAAAACUAUUGUUUCCCUUUGUUAACAUGGAACAUGUAGGUUCUUCAAACAUUCAUCAAGAAGAACCUCCAUUGUUUUUGGACUUCCCUUCACCUUUUUUUGAUAGUAUCUCAACUACUCCAAUACAAACAAAUGAUCUCAGCACCCCAAACAAACCGCUAAAUGUCACCGAGCCUUCGCCUUCUGAAUCGAAACGACUAAAGAAAAGAUGUGGUGGUAAGAAAGAUAGGCACAGCAAGAUACAUACAGCACAAGGUCUUAGAGACAGGAGGAUGAGAUUGUCCCUUCAUAUUGCUAGAAAGUUUUUUGAUCUUCAAGACUUGUUAGGGUUUGACAAAGCCAGUAAGACAAUUGAGUGGCUUUUCAGCAAGUCCAAUAAAGCCAUCAAAGAGGUUUCUGAAAACUUUAGUCCACAACACACUAAUACAAGCAUGAAUGAUCAAGAUACUUCUGAAGUUGGUUUGACUAGUGAGAACAAAACUGCUACAAACAAUCUUGACAACUCAAGGGAGGAGGAUAUCAAGAACAGGGAAUCAAGGAUGAAGCGUAUCGAUCCGAAUAAUUCGUCGGUAAGGGAAACUAGAGACCAGGCAAGAGCAAGAGCCAGGGAGAGAACAAGAGAAAGACUGAUGAUCAAAGAACUUGAGAAGUCAAAACAGUUGUUUGGAAGAAACCCUAAUGAAGAAAUUAACAAAUUAGGGUUAGGCUACUUACCAAGCUCUAAUAAUAACAAUGCAGAAGAAUUAGGGUUCAUCACUUCUAGUCCUUCUGAACCCAUCCAACAAGAAUCAUCAACUUCCUCCCUUGAAAAUUCCCACACUCAUCACUUGCUUCCGGUUUCGCAAUCAAACAAACAAACAAACGUAUCCAGUAAUAUCCCAUUCAAAGUAGGGUAUGAGAAUGAUGAGACGAGGGCAAACAUUUUCUCUAUUCCAGGAGACAGAGAGGCUGCUUUCACCGUUCCAGAAUGGCAAUCAACCACCAAUAAUCUUAACAUUUUUGAAAAUUAUUCAGGAAGUGUUGUGGGCACAUCAACUACUUGCUCCACAUUGACCAACCACAACCCUCCAGCAGGUUGGCUGAAUUCCUGGAAUGGAUUCUUGCCUGGUGAAUGGGAUGCUGACAAUUUUGUAAACGAGUACUACAACUAUGGAAUUGUGCCAACAACUGUUUCUCUGACAGGUGAUAUUUAUGAUCAAAACCCUAGCUCGUUUAUCCUGUCAAGCACAACCAACAUUCUUCAUGUCCAAUCUCAAAACCAAGGCAAGUAAGCUGAUUCCUAAAGUUAAAACAUUAGCAUGUGUGUUAGCAUUGUGUAUGUAUAAAUAUAUAUGGUCCUACUCCAUCCUAUCUCUCUUCAGUCCCUAGGACUUCUGGUAAUUGGAUUUUUUUAAAAUUCCAGUCUAUAAACAUAUAUUUGAAAAGCAAAUCAAGAAUGUAUUAAAACAAUUAUUGUCUGUGUGUUGGAUAUAACAUACGGCUAGAUUGUACU